CGACUGAAAUACUACGCCGGCCAAGUGAAUCGUCUGCUCCCACUCCCCAUUCCACUUUAUAGUUCUAAGCUCUUUCGUACAGGUACAAGUGUGAAGAAUAGAUCCCUAUUCCCAUGUACAACAGCAUUGUCAGUGAGUAUGCAUAGUCCUGGCAGCUAUGGAUUUGAGAAGCUAUACCAUAAUGACUGCAAGUGGCUAUCAGUGUUCUGUACAUUAUCUAUUUUUAUAAUUUCAUUAUUUAAGGAGAUGUAUUACAAGUUAAUGUUGUUUGCAGAAUGGGCUUAGUCAGCAUGUUUUGCUGCAGAUCAACUGCUUUAGUGGCUAACUCAACCAGAGAGAAAGAGAGAGAGAGAUAGAGAUAGAGAGUGAGAGAGAGAGUGAGAGUGAGAGUGAGAGAGAGAGAGAGAGAGAGAGAGAGAGAGCGAGAGAGAGAGAGAGAGAGAGAGAGAGAGAGAGAGAGAGAGAGAGAGAGAGAGAGAGAGAGAGAGAGAGAGAGAUUAUGCUCACAAUGGUAACCGUAGGUAUGUUUGAUACCUCUGGUUCCUUAUCCGGGGACUACCUCAUCUUCUGCUAUUGGGCCUUGGGGUCACGUGGUAAAAGUAACUUUACAGGGCUGCUCGCAAGUAGGAGGGCUUUAUGGAGCAGAAAAACGACAAAGCUAGAAAAAUUAUUUUCCACUCCCGAAAUUAAUGAUCAUGAGCUCGUAUUUGAUGGACUCUAACUACAUUGAUCCGAAAUUUCCUCCAUGUGAGGAAUAUUCGCAAAAUAGCUACAUCCCAGAACAUAGUCCAGAAUAUUAUAGCCGCGCAAGGGACCCUGGCUACCAGCAUCACCAUCAGGAGUUAUAUCCUCCGCGGGCGAGCUACCAAGAACGCCAAUAUAACUGUCCAAGCAUCCCCGAACCUGACACACCAAGAGGACAUGGACUACCCCAUUCGGCACACCUGCUUGCAGGAAAAGGACAACCGGCCUCAUGUGAGACCCCACAGUUAUCAAUGUCCCCAUCCACCCCACCGGCUGCAACCUCCGCCUGCAACCAAGCUACACCGGAGCAUCCAAACAGCGCAGCCUCCUCCAAGCAGCCAGUGGUAUACCCUUGGAUGAAGAAAAUUCACGUCAGCACUGUGAACCCAAAUUACAAUGGAGCGGACGCCAAGCGGUCUAGGACAGCAUAUACUCGGCAGCAGGUCUUAGAAUUGGAGAAGGAAUUCCACUAUAACCGAUAUUUAACACGGCGAAGGCGCAUCGAGAUUGCUCAUUCCUUGGUUCUCUCCGAGCGUCAAAUCAAAAUUUGGUUUCAGAAUCGCAGGAUGAAGUGGAAAAAAGACCAUAGGCUUCCUAACACCAAAGUCAGAUCGUCAUCUUCCUCCUCCUCAACGGGCAUAUCCUCCGGGUCCAACACAACUUCAGCUGCCGGCGCAGUUGCCGCUGCCUCGGCUACUAACGUUGUGUCUACACCCGAUGAACUUUCCGGAGCACAGCAUGGCGAGGAUAUUACACGGUUAUAAAGGCGAACCCCUUGAACAUGGAAGACUGAAAAAUGACUGGUUAUUUAUAGAACAUGAUAUAUUUUGUUUUCGUAGGUAUCUUGUGCGGUUUCCUUUUAGUCCAAAGUUAUAUAAAAUGCAUGUUAUAUAGCAUGGAUUAAUGCGAAUACCGAUGGAUAAUUUUUACGUGACACAGGGUUUAAUUUAUUUAAAACAAAAAUGAGAUUGUUUUUUUAAUGAAAAUUGUUUUGAAUGAAGGAAAAAUGUACAUUUUAUCAAAAUGUUAUUGUGGGCUAUUCUUUUGCUCUGCCCAAGGUGAAAUGCACAAUCUAUUUAUUUCAACAACACUGGAAGGAUAUUAUAGACCUAUAGGUUAUUUUUGGUAAAAAGCUGGAACACACACCAUUGGUCUUGAACGUGUAUGUUUAGGCAAUGUGUGAAUUACCUCGCAUAUUUCAAAUACAGAAUUUUUAAUUACAAUUUAGUUUUGUGAUGUAGAUGUUGUGUUUUAGGCCGUUCAACGCAAAUUAUUGUGAAAUGCAAUAAACGGAGAUUAGUGUACUUGUGAUAAUCAUAUUGGUCAAUAAAACAGUGAGUGUCUACUAGUUUUACAUUCGCUUGCCUGAAAUUCAUUCAUAACCAUUGAGGUUGAACUACGUUUUUAGCUGCUUUGCUCAGCUAUCGUCCACGUUUUGUAUUUCUUCAGAUGUUGAAAUCUAAAAAUGUGACUUUUUGAUGUCCAAGACGAUCUCUUGUCAAACGUGUUUAUGUUGCUUGCGUAAUUAUGUUACGGAAUUGAAGUGCAGCUUUUUCAGUCAUCAGUAACGGAUUGUAAGUAUAGGCCAUACUACAUAGGGACGUUUAAUUCAGUGUUAAAUUGUCCUCUGUGUUUUUUAAACUACAAUCCCUAUUUAUAGC